AUGGGAAAAAAAACAAAGAAGCAAGGAGAGACAGCUCCAACUGUAGCUGAGGAACAACCGAUUGAUGAAAAGAGUAAUCAGAAAGGCAAAUUCACAUUGGACAAGCUGAACAAAAUGAGGAUUCCAUUCCAGGAAAAAUGGGUGAAAACUCAGGAUGAGAAGCCUGUUGAGCAGAUCAGUGUGGUGCAGCAGAACAACCAAAGCAUAGAUCACAGUCCAGUAAGAGUUAGUACUGGUGUGAAGACAGUUCAAAAAAGUGGUAACACUGCAAAGAAUGGUAUGAAUGGAAUGAAAAAAGCAACCUCAGAAGGGAAGCAGAGUAGAGGAAGCAACAAUAGUGGAGGAAUUCAGAUUCUGAACCAUAAAGGUGUGAAGAUGGCUGAUAGUAGAGUCUGUGAAAAAUUGAAAUCAGUAAAUGUUAUAUAUUAUAAUGAUACUAGCCCCCCUGAUCCAGGGCCUAGUAAUCAUGUAUAA